AUGGCGCAGAACAACCCUUCUGAAACAGCCUUAACUACGGCUCAAUCACCACCUCCAACCAACGGCACUGUCGACGACACCGCUCCGUACAAAUUCAACGACCAAGGCGGUCCAACGCGACUUGCAUGGGCCAACGACCUCACUGGGGCCACUGCAUACCGUAGUCGUGUAACACGUCCCCCAAAGCAACUCGGAACGUCUGAUCCGACCAUUGCUCGCGUCAAGGCACGCCAGGAGACCUACAUCUAUGAGAUGGUACAAGCUAUGUUCAAGGUCGACACGGUAAAGGACAAUCCUACUUUUGAGGGUGUCUUCUGGUUUACUCGUGGUCAUAAGAACGUCGUCUCCGCCUACGAUGUUGAAGCCGCGUGCCGGGUACUCUUCAAGGCCGUUCUCGACCGCUGCGAAAUCGGACAUCGCGGUCUCGAUCGGGAAGAUCGACUGUAUAAGAAGUACCCCGAAAAAAUCGACCUCAACGGUAGCUGUGAGGCCCGCAUCAACAACGUCAUCACUGCUUUAUGCGAGUGGAAGUCUAUCUGCAAGGACGUUCUCACAUCGGAUGCCAAGAUCGGCCAGUUGGCAAACGCUCCGGCUUCGAUUGCCAAGGACAAGCAGAAGCACUGGAAGAACAACAAGACAAAGAAGGAGAGCACUCAAAACGACCGGGUUGUCGCCGUCACUGCUACCCAAGGUGCUGCUGCUGCUGCUCUGGUUGUUGCUGGCAACUUGCCGCCUGUAGCUCGAGUCGGCCGUCAAAAGAAGACAAAGCCUGAGAAGAAGAACCGCGAGGAUCGGGACCCUUCAGCACCUCCGCCUCGGACUCAAGCCGGUUCUUCCUCUUCUAAGCCAUCCUACACCGACAGGGCCAACAAGCAAUGCACGGCCCACUUGAGCGAACCUGACCCCCUUGCGGGCUUCGAUCUGGAGUCAUCCGAUCUUUCAGGUCAUCUACAACAGCCAGCUGGUCCUGGCAGUCUACCUCAAGACCCGCCGGUCUACGGAUGUACCUAUCCGGUUGGAAUUUCGCAGCAAGGGCAGUCGCUUGUACAUCAACAGGGCCGGUUGUUUGCAUCUCAGCCAAACCAGCCCUUCGUACCUCCGCAACACCAAGCCAUACCGUCAGCCUAUCCCAAGUACAACUCUGGUGGCUUCGGAGCCACUCGACAAGUAUUCCACAGCUUUAGCGGCUACGUUCAAGGUCUUGUUCCAGUCAACCUCUCGAACCACUUCAACGGCCCGACCUAUGCACCCAAAUUCCCGCUGUCAUCCCCGCAUGGCAAUCCUACCACAAACAUGCGCAGCUACAACAUGUACGGCACUAUUACCCCCCCAAAAACCCCUGCUUACGGUGGCACAUCGACUACCGAUACAAUCUAUGCUGCUGCGGCUGCUGCGGUGCCCUCUCAACCUUCUCGUCCGCUGAACCCGGCAGCGAAGCACUACCGCACUCCAACUAUGGAUGCGCAGUCGCAGCCUUUGCCCACGCGUGUUAAGCGGGACGAGGUGCAAGAGGACGUUACUUCGGGUCUCGACAACGUUGAUGAAGAGUAG